GGGUGCUUGGCAAACCUGGCGCAGGACAAGCUGAACGUGAAAACCAUGCUGAAUUCCAACGCGGUGCAUGCGGGGCUGCACGAAAUCGUCAAAUUACCACCCAGUUUUCAUCAUGGUGCCGGGGGGGUACACCAGGUACAACAACUACAGGGGGCUGGAAUUAUGUCAAUGUCUUCCACUUCUGUGCGUGCAUCGCAAGACGGAGGGGUUGGCAGCCAAACACUUCAUGCACAAACGACGAUGGAAGGAGCAGCGAGUGUUACAACUACACCUGGCGAGCACCACGAACAGGAUCUUGACGGAGCUGUAGACGAGCAACCAGGUGGGGAAAACAUAAACAACGCGACGCAACAUCUUCAGCAAGCUUCCAGCAACAUGACGAGUACAAUCACAAAACCGACCCGGCCGGACCUGGAAGGGGAAACGCCGGUGCUCCGGCGGCGGAUGUUUCGCAACUGUGCAUGGACGCUGCUGAACGUCGCGCGCACUUCCUCCUCCGCGGGCCUCCGCCUCUUGCCCUUGGUCCGGGCCAGCCUGCUGUUGCUGGCGAGCUCCAGCGCCGCCCGGCGCGAGGAGGAGCAGGACGAGAUGCAGCUGCAUGCAGGGGAAAAAGGAG